UUCAAUGUGUGGUGUCAUAGUGAAAUAUUCGUGAUAUUAGUUCUUACUGACAAAUCACAAAAGUAUUUUAAAAUGCUGGAAAUUUUCUGUUUUAGUUAUGUGUUUUUUCAUUAAAAAAAUGUUAGUGUUGUGCUGUUCAUUAGAAGAAGUAUAGCAAAGAAACUUAUAAAUCCUCACAAUGAACUGUCACCAAGUAUUAAGUGGUGCCUGUAAUUCAGGAGAUCAAUGUUUUGCUGUUGGUUCAGUUGAAGGAAUACCUUUUACCGCAUAUGCUGCAGGAUGUAACAUAGUAAUACUAGCAUCAAACUUUGAAAGAGUACAGAUUAUUCCUGGUGCCAUACAUGGAUACAUACGCAUUAGUUCCUUAGACUGUAGUACUGAUACAGGAAAAAUUGCUGCUGCAUACGGUGCAGAGGUGUGCAUCUUUGAACCUACACCACUAAUACAUACUGCAGGAACAACACAUGGUCUAGAAUACAGAUGGGUGCAGACCGGCAAGUUGGUGGCAGACGGGCCGAUCACCGCGUUGUCCUGGAACCUGGAGGGCACGCGGCUCCUCACCGGCGGCAAAGUCUUACAGCUGUGGCAUCAGGCGUCUUUGUACCAGGAUGACAGCCAACCCAGUUCCGGUGUCACAUUCCAAAUCGGCGGAGAUAAGGAGGACAAACCCAAGCAGCCGGAGGAAGAUGAGCCUGGAUGGAUUUGUGUAUGGCAGUGCCACACGGCGACGCCCGCGCACCACCUCGCUUUCUCCCCAGACGGCGUGCUCUUCGCAACGUCCGGCAUGAACGAUAGGCUUGUUAAGAUUUGGCAUCAAAACAAAGUUCUGGUACAGGCGCACGGCGAGCAUUCGGGAACUGAACUAAACUAUACGUUCAUCUAUGUGGCACACCCGCGCGCUGUCACGCAUUUGUCAUGGCGGAAGACCAGCAAAUAUAUGCCCAAGGGCAGUGUGGGCAACGUGCUGGUGACGUCAUGCGUGGACAACAUCUGCCGCGUGUGGGCGGAGACUCUGCUGCCGGAGGACGAGUGGGGCGGGGGCUCCGCGGCCUCGCGCUCGCCGCCGCGCCGCCAGCGCGCCACGCACCGACACAAGCACCGCUUUAUGCAACGACUCAAGCACAUGAAAACGUGCUUCCACAUCCGUCGGAACGCGCAGUCAUCGAAGCAGCCGGGCGCGCCCAUCCCCACGCUGCCCUCCACAUACAGCGCCCACGACUUUCACAACUCCUUCCAAGCCAGCUCUUACACAGGCGGUCUUCACUUCCAUUUGGCGGCGUCUAUAAACGCGGAGACUGACAUCCCGCUGGUGCCCUCGCUGGCGGGCGGCGGACGGUUCAUCCUGCACUGGCUGCACAACAAGGAGAUGCACUUCACCAGCCAAGCUGAGGCUAUACUACAUGAUCUCACUAAAAAAGUUUUAGAUAAAGAAGAAAACGAGGAAGGUAUGGAUCACAACACACAUCCGGACGGAGAGAAUGAAUCAAGUAGCGGCAACCACAGUCACCCGAGUCUGUCCAAUACUACGUCCAUCAACUCGAUAGCUACGGAUGUGACGUGCACGCAUUUACCUGACUCUCUCGACGCCAAGAUAGAAGGGCUGCUUCGCGAUUGGCAUCAGAGUCCAGAUCUACUCUUCUCAAUACAUCCUGUGGAUGGCAGCUUUCUUAUAUGGGUGUGCGAGUGGCUGGACGAGGUGCAGGCGGGUGCUAUCCGUCAGGCGCAGGUGUCGUUCUCUGCGCGCAUCCCCAGCGCCUUCCCGCUCGGGGACGCGACCACCAUGUGCACGCCCGCCGCUCUGUACCACGCCGCCGCGCAGCCGCUCCACGUGCGACACCGCACCAAGCCUGUAGCACCAAAUCAAAACCAACCGGAAACUGUGACGACUCCAUUAGCCAGUGUACAGGAAGAGAAAGAUGAGAAUGAGUGGCCUCAGCCAGAUGAACACAAAGAACCCCAAGAAAAUGGUCAUCAAGAGGAGAAUAACAAUGAAAUGCAGCGAAGGACUAGUGUCGUGGCAGACGAUUUGGGAGAAAAUCAAGAUGGCGAUGUAUUGGAGUCCGCUCCGGUCAUAUCUAUGGUCACCAACCAUACCAACGGAACUCUCAACCUUUGGCAGUUAACAUUCGACGACAAAUCAAAGUUUUCACAGGUGCUAUCAAUAGGCCACGCUUCAAGAGCGUCUGGCCAUAGGUUUAGGGUGAACGACAUCACUUGCCAUCCAGUAUUACCACUAUUGUUGACAACCAGUCAUCAUAAUAUUUCCGACGCGGAGCGCGGGACGCAGCGUGUUGAGGAGGCGGGUGCGGCGGGCGGACUGUGUUCGGAACUGAUCAUGUGGCGCGUUGAGUGCGUCGGCCCGCUUGCCAAGUCGGGGGGCGUGGCCGAACUCGCACGCGUCAACUCGCCACACCUCUCCGCAUUUAGUAACGUCGCCUGGUUACCAACGUUAUUGCCAAGCUCAACCUUAGGAAAUUUGUCAAAUUCGCCGUCCGCCUGUUUUGUGGCGAGCGACGGUGAAAGUCUCCGUCUCUUUCAGGCCGUUAUCGAUGCGCGAACUCUUUUGGCGGAAAUUGCUACAUCUGAGCGACGUCAUAAAGAUACAUCUCAGCAGCACGACACAAUGUCGAUGUCGUCGGGGUCUAGCGAAGGCGGGGAGGCGGAUGAGGGAGGCGUUCCUUUACAUGAGCGUAUUCGCAUAGUAUCGCAGCAGUCGACCGCGCGGCCCGGCGCCGUCAUUCAGCUGCAUGCCAUCGCAGACGCAGCACACGACUGGCACAACACCCAACUCCUGCAUGUCUUCCAGGAACAACUCAUCACAGGUGAAAGAACAACAACGGAUACCGAGAGCGCGGACUCUGGUGUUGAGGGUUCGGAUGUCAAUACCAUCACUGAAGCUGGUUUCGAAGCCAUCGUGGACUUGCGCAAGGCGGCAGUCUUCAAUGAGCCAUUCUAUAUCGUUGUGUUGGAACGCACUGACGGAGGCUCCACAGUGCAUAUGUGGAGAUUAAUGGUCUCCUCGCAAGCUGACCCAUCAGACGAUAUGACAAACAGCAUGAUGUACGUACCAGAUAGUGCUCUGGUGCAAGAGGAGGAGGGCGAGUCUCGCAAGAACUCUGUGUCAGUGGACGCGGACCGCGCGCUGCCGCAACCGCCUAUACACUCACAUCUGUCCAUCUCUACUAAGAAAGUGUGCGAAUGUCCAUUGUCAUUGCCGGACGGUGUAGAUGUGAUCCACGCGACGCCGGCCGCGGGACAUCUGAGCUCGGCCUCCAUAUACCCGGCUUGUUUAGCACCUUAUAUACUUGCCACCGCAUGCUCUGACAGCACUUUGAGGUUCUGGAAAUGUAAUGUAACUAAAAAUGAAAAUGAUGAGAUGGAGUAUGCAUGGAAGGAAUGGGAAAUGAUGAACAAAGAUCAAGAAUCAGCUAUAGACAUUCCAGGUCAGCCGUUACACAUAAGCGCGGCGUACUCGGGUCGUAUAGCGUGCGCGUACAAAUGCGGACGUUCGUUCACGCGACCGAAGGGCGGGACGAGUGCGAGCACGGACGCACGCUUCGUCAACCUGUGCGUCUGUGUUUACGAAUGUGAAAGUACCGGCGGAGCGGAAUGGCUGCUAGAAGACACGAUACCACUGCGGAAUGUCAGCCUGCCCCGCGUCGGUGUCAGUGUGGAUACACAGAUAGAUCUCUCGUAUUUACACGAUACAUCCUUCAUGCAGAAGAAACAGAGAUUGACGCAGGUUCUUCAAACACUAUCAUCUGAUGAGAGUAGGAACAAUCGUAACGGUGAAGGUGACUCGGGGAAAUCUGCGGGAUUGUUAGCUGUACCAUCAUUCAGCACACUACAAUCACUGCGACGUAGUAUAAUGGAGAAUGGCAACACAUGUCCUUUAACACAGAAGCAUCUUGUGCAACUGGACUGGGUAUCUAAAGAAGAUGGCUCACAUAUACUGACAGUAGCUGUUGGUUCUAGAGUAUUACUCUUCACGCCGGUCUCCAGUGAUCUUGCUCAGGCCAAUUUAAAGGCAAUGAAAGAAUCAAUAAACAACAACCGUCCUAUACUAAGAAAGGCAUCAUCUCUCGCUGCGCCGCUGUUCGUGGAAGAGAUCAGAUGGAUGCAGCUGCGUCGUAUAGAUCUGAAGACAGCAGAUGGUCUGCCUCCCCUGCCUAUGCAGAUUUCUUGGGUGCGCGACGGUAUUCUGGUGGUCGGCAUGGACUCAGAGAUGCAUGUUUACUCACAAUGGAAACCUGAGAACCAACAAUUACCGUCGGGACAGAUACAGGAAAUAGAGGAGGGCGGCGAGUCUCGCGCACUCCGCGACUCGGACUUGCGCGUGUCCGCACCACAUCUCCAGCGCGUCUCCUCCAUCAAUCUGCAGCUGCUGGAACGAGACGCAAGGAGAAGGAACAAAGCUCAGUCAGAUCAACCUCAACCUCUAUUGAACUACAUGCCUGACUACGGACUAUUCGAGGCAUCACAAAUGGCCUGCCCAGUUCUACCGCAGUACCAUCCCAAACAGUUGAUGGAGUUAUUGAACAGCGGGAAAAUACGAUGGGUGAAAGCUAUACUCGCACAUUUGGUCAGGUGUAUCGGAGGAUCUUACGCAAAUCGCAGUUCUCAAGGCGACGAGGACAGUCUCUCGAGACAGCGCGGCUGGUCGCGGUCGCGCACGCUGUCCGUGUCCUUCGCCGCCGGCGCAGCCUCGCCGCUAGAUGGCGUCACACAGAUUACGGAAGAUGUCCAAUUAGACUACGCGGAACUAACGUCAGUACCUCCACUGCCGCUUUGGACAUUGCUGGUAGCUGACAAGGAAUCACCUCAUCAUCCGUCCACUAUGCAAGAAGCUAAGGAUUACAACGAAUUAUUUGAAGGAACAAUGGAAACUGAAGAGGAUUUGGAUGCUCUACUACUGAGCGACGAAGAUAGAGUCGACCGCCGACCUUCGAUGCCAGAAAGACAACCGCUUUCGCAUUUCGGUCCUAGACAAGGUCGUAUCCUAUCGCGACUCCUGACACACACUCACCUGCCGGGGCUCAGCUCAUUGGACCAGAUGCAUCUCCUGGCGCUGGCUGACACAGUGUCGACGUGUGACGCUGACUUUGCAGAGCGGUUCGCCGCCAACGCACGUGUUGAUCUCGCGCAUAACAACGCACAAGACUUCGUGCCUGAUUCACUAGACGACUGUGGACUACGGUUCCUCCUGGCGAUGAAGCACUACGGAUACCUACUGCGUUGUUUGCCACUGGCCCAGCGCGCGGCGUUACAGCGCGAUGGCGUCGGCACCUGCAACCUAGUAUGGGCGUAUCACUCAGAGACACACGAGCAGCUGCUGUCUCUAGUGCCUGGGUACACUAAGGGACAGCCCAAGUGGUCCACAAUGAGGGAACUAGGUGUGGGAUGGUGGGUCCGUGGCGACCUCUUACGGACGUGCGUGGAGAAACUUGCGCGCGCGUCAUACAUGGCCAAGCAGGAGCCCAUGGACGCCGCGCUAUACUACCUCGCUAUGAAGAAACGCAUGCUGCUCUGGGGACUGUUCCGAUCAAACAGAGACGAUAGGAUGACUGCCUUUUUCGCUAACGACUUUACGGAGGAUCGUUGGCGUAAGGCGGCGUUGAAGAACGCGUUUGUGUUACUCGGCAAGCAAAGGUUCGAACACGCUGCAGCUUUCUUCCUGCUAGGGGGCGCUUUAAAAGACGCUUUGGAGGUACUGAUAACCCGUUUGGGAGAUUUACAAUUGGCAAUGGUUAUCGCACGCCUGUACGAAUCGGACAGCACGUUGCCGCCCAGUUUACAAAAAUUACUUAUGGAUGAAGUACUAGGGGGGGAGACAGAAGAUGGUGAGAUAGACUUGGAGCGAGCGCAUCCGGAUCCAUUUGUUCGUUCUAUGGCGUUGUGGGAGCUGCGUAGGUACGGUGCCGCGCUGGAUACACUCCUGCGCACCGCCGGCCGUCUCCACGCAGCGAACAACUCUGACGAGCCCGUGCCCAGCGUGUUUAACUUCUACGUAUAUUUACGCACGCAUCCAAGACUCAAGCGACACAAUUUACCCACCCAGGGUGGAACAUUAGCACUACUACAACAAGAAGCAGAGGAGGGCAUUACGCGCUUGGAGCGGCGGCUGUACUUCCAAACUGCGCACGGUCACUUCAAGGCGGGCUGUCCGGCGCUCGCUCUGGAGGUGUUGUCCAAGUUGCCCGCCAGAGUGCGCGAUGAGAAAAUAAGACAACCCGUGUCCGCUCCUUCGGUUGAAGAGACUUUCAUACAUACAGGACAGAUUGUAGAAAACACACCUGCGAAAAAGGAAGAAGAGAAUGUAGAUUGGAGUUCCUCGUCAGUAGACUGGGGCGCGCCGGUCACUACAGUUAAGAACGAUGACCUUGUUCUGUCUUGGGAUGAUGACAACGAAGACAAAGAUUCUGAGGGAUCCGGUGCUUCAACUCCGCCACUAGAAAUGAAAAUAAAUAAGCCCGAGGAACCGAUUCAGAAUGGACUUGAAGACCAGAAAGAAGAAACCCCUCCAGUUGACAUCAUGGCCCAGCAGUUGAAAUUCGUAGCUUGCUUGAAAAUCUUGAUGGAGGAGCUCAGUACACUGGCGACUGGAUUUGAAGUCGAUGGCGGUCACCUACGCUACCAGCUGUACAUUUGGCUGGAGCGCGAGGUGGAGGCGCUGCGGCGGCUGUGCGGUUACGCGGCGGCGGGCGGCGGCGCGGGCGGCGAGCUGCUGUGCGCCGACGCAGACCCGCCGCCGCUGCCUGACCGCCCCACGCUGCAUCAGCUGCUCGCUCGGGAGAAGGCCGACUUCGAGGCCAAGGUGCAGCGCGCUGUCAGGCGCCGCAAGUGGCUCAAAGCGAACGAAACGUUACUGCGUACCCUACUGUCGUACUGUUCGCUGCACGGCGCGGGCGGUGGCGGACUGGCAUCGGUGCGCAUGGAGCUGGUGCUGCUGCUGCAGGAGCUGGGGCAAGACAAGCAGCACCAGCAGCUGCUGUCACCGCUGCCCUUCCCCACCACGCUGCCGCUAUUGGCGGCCGCAGUUGCCGCCAACAACACCGUAGUCGCAGACCCUGUGCGACACUUGCAGUGCGUGGCGCACGACAUGCUGGGUACUGUGGGCGAGCUGUGCGUGCCAGGCGGAGCGGCGACGCGGCUGCUGCACACGCUGAGAGAGCUGGCCGUCGCGCUCUCCGCCUGCAUAUACCAGAGUCUUUGCGACUCCGACACCUUCAGCCUCAAGCACGCCCAUCACCACGACGGAAUGAUUGCAGAAACUCCAGGCACAUCCAAUCUUCUAGUCCGACCGAGACGGUACUCUGUUGAAGAACUGUCCGUCACUACCACUCCAAAUAAAUGGCCAGGUGUGUCCGCACUCCGUGGUCUGGCUCUACGUGCGGCGGAGGAGGAAGACUCGCCGCGACUGGCUGUGCUGCUGGCGGAGGCGUUCUGUGCGGUGUACCUCGCACUAUUGGGCUGGGCGCUGGCGGCAAGAGACGCGCACUUGCUGUAUCGUCUCGCCGCGCACACUGCGGAUGCGCGUGCGCACGCACGCCUCUUUGGGGGCGGAGUUAGGCGCUUGCUUACGACCGCACCUGCACCGCCUCAGCCGAAGUUAGUAGAGCGCGCGGAGGGCACGUCUGUAUGGUCGUCGUUGCGGGAGAAGCGCGCACUACUGCAUAUGCGGCUGCUGGGUAUGGGCCCCGCCGCGCCCAAACACAUACAGGAGGGCCGACCCACAUACAGGGAGCAAUUCGUACCACCCCAGUGUAGUAUACUCACCUUCCUGUUGACCAAGCCAACGUCGGAGCAAGAUCCUGAGAACAACGACUAUGACUCAGCGGAGUCGGGAGCAGAGGACGCCGAGGAGAGCGGCAGCGAGCCUGAAGAUGACGACAUUUUCGACACCAACACUAACAAAUCGGAGAAAAGACACAAGGGAGCGAACAUGGAGCAUUCUGACCCGGACUCGUACUCUUGGUACGUGAUGCGCGUGGCCGUGCUGCGACUUGCGCAGACCAAGCUGCAGCAGUUCCUGCAGCUGUGCGGCAUCGAGAUGUCAGAGUUGGCCACGACGAGCCCCAUGGUACACGGCGCGCUGCGGCGCGUGGACCAGUGGCAGCAGCAGCUGACUGAGGCGCUGGAGGCGCGCGCUCCGCCGUCUGACUACAUACCCGGCUGCUUCCCCGACCAGGUCACUGCCGGCCCACCCAUCAAUAAGUACAGAUGUUUGUUGGAGAAACACAACACUCCAUUUAACUCUGCAUUAUACAGCGCAGCGCCUGCCAGACGGCUUUGGAGCUAUUUAGUUAGACAGGAACAAGUUCAGGACGUGUUCAUCCGCGCGGUGUUCUCGCGACGUCGCGCGCAGUCCGUGGCGGCGGAGAGUGGUGCAGGAGGUGCGGGAGGCGCGGCGGGUGCAGGGGGUGGUGAGGCGCGCGGGGGGUGCGUGCCGCAGCCGCGUGCCGAUGAUGACCUGCACAGCCCCGUCCGCAUCAUACACAAGGAGCAGGACUCCAUCGCUGCCUUCUGCUUAAAUCGGGUGGGCGGUGGCCUGCUGGCGGUGGCGACGGCGCGCGAGGUGCAGGAGAUGGACGUGUCGCUGCUGCUGCGAGGCGGCGCCAGCUGGGCGGAGGACGAGUGCGAGGUGGACCUGCUGGCGCUGGCCGCGGACCCCGCCGCGCUGCCAGACACCGGCUUCCUCCUCAUACAGCAUCACGACAGAGCAAACAACAGUUCAGUGCCGGGUACGGGCAAUAGUUCGCCGCUGAACCCCAACGCGCCGCAGAUGCCCGUCGGCAUGGCCAGCCAGACCGGCCGCGGCGCCAGCGUGGAGCGGCGGGCAAGCGUCGCAAAGCUAACAGGUCACGAGGCGUACGUCACCACAGUGCUGAAACAUAAGAUCGACAACAUUAAACGGAUGGCUGCGCAUCCAUCACAACCUUUAUACUUGACUGGUGGUGCGGACGGGUCUGUUCAGCUGUGGGAGUGGGGCCAUCCGUCGUGUGUUUGGUCACCACGUGCGCCGGGCGCCUUCGCCAAGGUGACGCGCGUGCGUUUCUCCGACUACGGCAACAAGUUCGCAGCGGCGGACGCGGAUGGCAAUCUCGCCAUGUGGCAGCUGCACCCUGCGCCUGCGCAAGCGUACCCGCCCACAACCAACGCGCACGGACAGCCCACCGCGCACGCAUCGCCCAGACCAUUCUUUACUCAUCAGUGUCACAGUAAAGGAAUAAGUGAUUUCGUUUUCCUCGGUUCCUGUAGUUUAGUUGCCACAGCUGGGCACAGUUCGGAGAGUAAGAAUGUUGCCAUAUGGGACACGUUGAUGCCGAUCAAGAAAGCACUUGUUGUUUCGUGGACGUGUCACGAGGGCGGGGCGGCGUGCGUGUCGUGGGCGGGGUGUGCGGGCGCGCUGGUGUCGUGCGGGCGGCGCGGCGACGUGCUGGUGUGGGACCUGCGCGCGCGCGCCCCGCGGCACAAGCUGCACGCGCACCACGCACCCAUCAAGUGCGUCGCGCUCUCCCCACGCGAGGACUACUACGCGGUCGGCGCUGCCGACGGAGAUAUCAAGGUGUUCUCGUUGGCGACGCACCAGCUGCUGCAUACGUUCGCCGGCGAGCACGCCCGCAGCUCCUUCUUCAAGCACAUCGGACAGGGCGUCACGCAAAUACACAUCGAUAACUGCGGGCGCAUGUUCUCGUGCGGUGCAGAUGGCACUAUGAAGGUGCGCAAGCUGCCGGAGCGUGAUGCACCGCUGCACCAGCUGCAUCAGCUGCACCAGCCGCACUACUGACCACUGAUGUCUUAGAUUGUAGGUGGUGGUAGAUGAGAGCGGCGGGGGGCGCUCCUGUGAUGUAUUCGUUGUUGCUAUUGAAAUGUUACGCGUAUGUUGAGACGCCGUCAGACUAGUCACUGGCAGGCAGAUAUCUUUAGUGUGUUUGAAUACCUAUAUAUGAAUCUUUAGUUUUAUCUAGUACGAAAUAAUCAAUAUUUUUAUCUUAAUGUAUCUUAGAUGAAUUAUAUAAAGAAAUUAUUUAUUCAUUAGUAAAAUCCAGUUCCAUGUUAACGGAUGGCCUAAGUAUCGUACACGAUGUUCUAUUGAGAUUGCUAAAUGGUAAUGUAGAGUGCAAUAUUAUGAACGACUAGUAAAUGUUGAAGCUUCAAGUAUUUGCUACCAACUGAGUCUGUAUCACAAAUUUAACAAGUUUUAAAUUCUUCGGGAAGAAUUCCAUUAAUAAAAAAAAUAUUAAUAUACUAAUAUAAUCAACCUGCA